UUGUGAUAUCAAGACAUCCGCUGUGUUUACAUGCCGUCUGACUGAGAAGUUGAUUGUACCAGCUGUGGGGAUCGGAUCUUGAAAUGGAUUGUAUUGGUCGAAUCACAAGAAUCGCAGCUUUCCAAAGAUAUGGAAAUAUAACCAGUUUUGUAAACAACAAUGUUUGAGACCUUUUCGACUCGGCUCGCCUCUCCCCUGGUUUCUGGAGGAAGGAGCUCAUCUACCUUCAGUCCACCAAGGUCACUAUGUUCUCUGUGCUUUCCCUGCUUCUACUGACAGGAGCACACAGCGCGACGGCAAGGCUUCACUCUCUGAAGUUUUUCUACACUGCGUCGUCUCAAGUCCCAAACUUUCCAGAGUUUGUUGGUGUUGGUUUGGUUGAUGAUGUUCAGAUUGAAUACUAUGACAGCAACACAAUGAAAGCAGAACCCAAACAGGACUGGAUGUUAAAGGCAAAUGAUGCACAGUUCUGGAAGAGGGAGACUAGGAACUAUUUCCGUGCACAGCAGGACUUCAAAAACGACAUUGAAAUCUUAAAGGAACGCUUCAACCAAACUGGAGGUGUUCACGUUUACCAGUGGAUGUACGGAUGUGAAUGGGACGAUGAGACUGGAGAAGUUAAUAGUUUUAAUCAGGAGGGUUAUGAUGGAGAAGACUUCAUAUCAUUGGACGUGGAGACAGAGACGUGGAUCGCUCCAACUCCAAAGAGUGUCAUGACAAAACUGAGUAGGGAUCAGGAUAAAGUUGGACUAGAAUUGAAUAAGUAUUACUACACACAGCUGUGUCCUUCCUUUCUGAAGAUGUUCCUGGAGCAGGGGAGGAGCUCUCUGCUGAGAACAGAGCUUCCCAGGAUUUCUCUCCUCCAGAAGUCUCCCUCCUCUCCAGUCACCUGCCACGCUACAGGUUUCUUCCCCGACAGCGCCAUGUUGUUCUGGAGGAAAGACGGGGAGGAUCUUCAUGAGGACGUGUACCGUGGAGAGGUUCUCCCCAACCAUGACGGGACCUUCCAGAUGAGCGCUGAGCUGAAGGUUUCCUCCAUCUCCCCUGAGGACUGGAGGAGGUACGACUGUGUGUUCCACAUCUCUGGUGUGAAGGAGGACAUCGUCACCAAACUGGACAAAGACUCAGUCCAGUCCAACAGAGAGAAGCCCAUCAGCGUGACCACCAUCAUCAUCAUCAUCAUCGUUCUCGCUGUCACUCUCGCUGUCGCUCUCGCUGUCAUUGGAGUCAUCGUGUACAAGAGGAAGAAAGCCCAAAGUACCUCACCUGCCCAAAGUACCUCACCUGCUGAAACAGAUCCAGGUGCCUUACAGCCGCUGAAUUCUCCAAGAGAGACUCCGUCCUGAAAACAGUUUAUGGACGAGAACUUUCUCUUCCCCAUCGGGUCUAAUGAUCAUUUUGAGAGGACAUUUUCUGAAGGAGAAGCACUUUUCUAAGUCGCUUGCACGGUCCCAUUUUUUAACCAAUAAUAUAUAUAUUAUUGUUUGACGUUAGAUAUAGAUAGAUAUCUGCUUGUGCAGCAAAGUCUUGUGAUUCGCACUGUCUUCAUAUCUUACAGAUAGGAGAUACAGAUUUUGAGUGAGAGCGUUUUGUUCCAGACGUUCUCCAUAGCUCAGAUCUCUCUAGCACAGGUGCGGUCAUUAGUGAGGUACACACCCAGAGGAGGGGGGCCAAAGGGGCAAAGGGGGACAGUGGAAUUCUUUAUGUUAACGAAUUCAGAGGAAUUGAUCAACACCGUAUGUAGUGCAGUGGAGCAGACAGUGAGUCAGAGGUGGUGGGUUCAAGUUCAGGCGAGGCAAGAACUUUAAUACUGCUUUUUUACUGCAUUUUUAAAUAGAAACAUACAGAGUCGCCACCUACUGAUCAGUAUUAAAAUAAAGUGCGAGCGAUCGGUCCCAAAUCGCUUGCACUGAAAAUGAGGUUGUUUUAACUCCACUGUACAUUGUAAGUCAUAAUUAUGAGAUAAUUACUCCAAAAUGUUUACUAAUUAAUCAAACAUGUGAUCAAUAGAUUUGUAUAUAAGAAUUUUUUUUUUUAAGUAAAAUUCUCAAAUGUU